GGCGUCUCCGCUACCCAUAGCCAGGCCUCAGUUUUUACCCGACCUGCUGGACCAUGACAGCCCCGAAGCUCUAAAGGCAUACGAAAUAUGCAAGCGAUGCGAGAUGCAAGUCGUAUCCGUCGACCCUGAUCACUGGAGCCUCGUCAACAUUCGUGUCGUUGGCUACCUAAUGCAAUACCCACCGGGUCCCACUACUGUCAGUUGCGUCGCGAGAGAGGUCAGAAACUGCAGUGCUCUCGCGACAGAUGAACAGUUCGACAAACGCGCAUCGAAGCUGAAAGAAAACGAAGUCUCUUCACCAUGCAAGCAAUGCACGGAUUUAAACACCUGCGAUAAGUGCAAAGAUCUGACAGAGGGAAAGCCACUGUGGCAGCUACUCAGCGCUCUUGGGAAACUCUAUCGCAACUACCUCCUCCGUUCCUUUCGUAGGUUUAAGGGGCGAACACCUGUACCUUCGGAUCAUCCCAGCCAAACGAGCUCCUUCGAUGAGAUAAGGAAUGAGCUUGACAUUGUGCUUGAGGUUGCUCCUCGCAGCCAUGCGACUGCAAAAAAGCAGGCAUCAAUAAGGGACAGGAAUCGGUGUAUUGUCACCGGCUGUGUGGAAACUCAAGAAGCAAAGAAAGUGAUGCAGGAGGGUCGAGACCCUGGUCCUUCUGCGCACCUGGAUUGUGCACACAUUUUUUCAGAGGCAACGAACACCUACCUGGAUGAUGCAAACAAGAGAAAUUAUGCAUCCGCGUCGUGGGCAAUAACUCAUCGCUUCGGAUUUCAAGAAAUCCUUGAAGAUUUUAACGGAAAGAAUGUCCAUUCUCUGAAGAAUAUCCUAACCCUCGCUCUUGAUGUUCAUCAGGAAUUUGACGACCUUAGACUAUACCUUGAAGAAGAUAUUAGUGUUCCGAACCGUUAUUAUGUUCGAUGCACGGAUGGCCACCCAAAGGCCGUUCAUGCUGCCACUCCUGACCACGUUACCUUCUCAACAAGUGAUGAUGUGAAUUUCCCGUUGCCGGAGCCAAAGUACCUCAGGAUCCACGCCGCCUGCUGCAAGGUGGCUCAUAUGUCGGGAGCCGCCGACAUUUUUCGUCUUGAAGACGUGGACGAUCCGGACCCUUCGGAACCUGUGUUUGCUCAUGCUCUGGGAGCACGCCUUAGCCUGCUUGUUUGGGAGUCCCACUUUACUUCCCGUGCUCAAGUUGUCUAGUGUUUCCCCUUUGACACUGGCUUAAAGCUCGGAUGGAGACAUUGAGAAGCCUCGUCAUCAUGUAAUAUAGUAGCUCUAAUUGAAGACCUUGACGAAGUCCAC